GAUCUCCUACCCCCUAAACCCCUCCGCCUCGUUCACUCCGCCCGCCGCCAGAUCCAGCGCUCCUCCACUCCCCUCCCUCUCCUUCUCUCUUCCUCCUCCGAAGCCCGGGGGCCGGAUUCGCCUCCACACCUCUAGACGUUUGCAGGUCGGAGCGCUGGACCUUGGAGGGGCCAUGGCUUCGGACAACGUUGGCUCAAGAGACGUAUGUGUUGUUGGGGUUGCACGCACCCCUAUGGGUGGCUUCCUAGGUUCCCUAUCUUCCUUGUCAGCUACUAAACUUGGUUCCGUAGCAAUUGAAGCUGCUCUGAAGAGGGCAAAUGUUGAUCCAGCCCUUGUGCAAGAGGUCUUUUUUGGUAAUGUGUUGAGUGCUAAUUUGGGGCAAGCUCCAGCAAGACAAGCUGCUUUAGGUGCAGGGAUACCAAACACGGUUGUUUGCACCACAGUUAACAAAGUUUGUGCGUCUGGCAUGAAAGCGACGAUGUUUGCAGCGCAGUCAAUUCUAUUGGGCAUCAAUGAUAUUGUUGUGGCUGGUGGCAUGGAAAGCAUGUCAAAUGCUCCCAAAUACAUUGCUGAAGCUAGAAAAGGAUCUCGUUUUGGACAUGACACUCUUGUUGAUGGCAUGCUUAAAGAUGGCCUUUGGGAUGUAUAUGGUGAUUUUGCCAUGGGAAAUUGUGCCGAGCUUUGUGCUGACAAUCAUGCUCUGACAAGAGAAGACCAGGAUGCCUAUGCUAUUCAAAGCAACGAGCGUGGAAUUGCGGCUCGCAACAGUGGUGCUUUUGCCUGGGAGAUUGUUCCGAUUGAAGUUCCUGUUGGGAGAGGGAAACCACCAGUACUUGUUGACAAAGAUGAGGGCCUGGACAAGUUUGACCCAGUGAAACUGAAGAAGCUCCGUCCUAGUUUCAAGGAGAAUGGUGGUACUGUUACUGCUGGGAAUGCUUCUAGUAUAAGUGAUGGUGCUGCCGCAUUAGUAUUGGUGAGUGGGCAGAAGGCUCAAGAACUUGGACUGCAAGUUAUUGCAAGGAUCAAAGGAUUUGCAGAUGCAGCUCAAGCUCCUGAACUAUUUACCACUUCCCCGGCACUUGCCAUACCAAAGGCUCUCAUGAAUGCUGGCUUGGAGUCCUCAUGUGUUGAUUACUAUGAAAUUAACGAAGCUUUUUCAGCUGUUGCACUUGCAAAUCAAAAGCUUCUUGGCAUUCCUUCAGAAAAGAUUAAUGUACAUGGUGGAGCUGUGUCCUUAGGACACCCUCUUGGAUGCAGUGGUGCUCGCAUUUUGGUCACCCUUAUUGGUGUUCUUAGGGAAAAAGGUGCCAAAAUCGGGGUUGCUGGUGUCUGCAAUGGCGGAGGUGGAGCAUCUGCUCUUGUUCUUGAGCUCGCAUAAGAAAACUCGUAAGGUGCAGCUAUAUCCAGCUCCCAGGAUGUUUGUGUACUCUAGUUUAUUUGAUUAUCUGAUUUAGCUGUUUGGACAUUCUUUUAUCUUAAUAACUGGGUAAUAAAGCAUGUUUGUUGUGCCAAA